AUGAGAGUUGCAGUAAUCGGCGGCGGUCCGUCGGGCCUCGUAACGCUCAAGUAUUUGGCCAGAGCACAUCUGAGCCUGGACUGUGACGCUAUAGAAGCUCGGCUCUUUGAGCUCGAAGAUAGCAUUGGCGGUGCUUUCACUCAUCGAGCAUAUGAGGACGCAGAGUACCUGCACGACUACUGCUCGAAAUUUCGUUUAUGGCCUAGCAUUGAGCUGGGAGCCGAGGUUCGCAACAUACACGGCCGCUCUCCUCAAGGCUACGUGGUUGAAUAUGCUAAGAAGGGCGGUGAAGUCUUGAGGUGGAGAUGUGAUGCCGUCGCGGUCUGCUCAGGCUUGCACCGAGAGCCAAACUUGCCUACCAUCCCUGGGCUGAACCAUGUACCCGAGGUCAUGCAUUCAUCUAAAUUCAAGACCAAAAGCCAAUUCGGGGUAAAUAAGACAGUCAUGAUAGUCGGGUCCGGCGAAACCGGUGCUGAUGUAGCGUAUCUUGCCGUGAACUCGCCUACAAAGCAAGUUUUGAUGUGCCAUAAAGAUGGCUUCCAUUUCGCCCCCAAGAGAAACCCUGGGCCGGUAUUGCUUCCUAUCUUGGGCAGGAAGCCCAAUCCUAGCGAACCAGGCAUUCCCAUUGACGUUAGCCGUGCCAACCUCUUCGACACAACUUACGUACAUCAAGCCCUUCGUAACAGCAUGAUCCUCUGGGAGUACUACAACUACUAUAUCAAGGUACUGCUGUGGGUUUGCUCUGGUACGACGUCGGGAAUGGACCAGUGGGUAGGCGAAAUCAGCUGGGCUCGUCAUCAUCCAUCAAAAAUAUUCUUCAACAAGUCCAUGAAAGUUUGCCCGUACUUAAGCUUGCCUUACCGACCCAAACAGCCCGGCCCAUCCCUUUGGCUAUACGCCUUGAGAUCUGCUCUAGUGCAGACGCCGAUUCCCGACACGCAUGGGAAACAGGUAGAUCUCGCACCGCUACCAAAGAGAAUCGAUGAGCGUGGCGUGGUUGAAUUUGUUGACAAUGGGCGACCGGAGUAUGAGCGAAUCAAACUUCAAACCAUUCAGCCUGAUGUUAUUGUCUUGUGUACUGGCUACCAGCAGACAUUUCCCUUCCUUGACGACAAGCUCAAGGUCAAUACCAACCACUUAUCGUCCCAUGUCCGGGGUAUUUGGAGGCGAGAGCAACCCACCAUGGGAUUUAUUGGCUUCGUGAGGCCAUCCUUGGGCGCUAUACCACCCCUGGCAGAGAUGCAAGCCCAGCUGUGGGUGUUAAAUCUAGUUGCACCGCGCAAACUACCUGUUCUGAAUCCUGGAGAUGAAAUACACUAUAAGCUUCGCAGCAAAUCUGCCGACAGGGUCACAUAUGGCGUCGAUCACGAGAGCUAUGCGUACCAGCUUGCUCUGGAUAUGAACUCGGCGCCUGGAAUUGUGGAUAUUUGGAGAAUCACACGGACGACUCAAAUCUUGACCAUGCAUUCCAUGUGUCGUCUUCUCAUUAUAUGGGCUUUCGGAGCUCAUUUUAACACAAAGUUUAGACUAAUAGGGCCAUGGGUCUGGGACGGUGCUAUAGAAGUCCUUGUGAGUGAUGAAUUUUGGCACACAAUUACACGACGGCCAUUAUUGUUCGGACACCUCCUUGUCUCUAUUCUACCAAUCGCAAUCUUUGCUCCCUUGAGCAUGAUGUUUCUGCUGUAUCACUCCUUGUUGAGCUACUGCAGGCCUUUGGUUCAAUCGGUUGCGCUUUAG